AUGGAUAAUGUGUCUAAUGUAAGAAGUUUCAUUCUGUCAGGAUUUAAUGAGACGAUGAAUUUCAGAGUGCCUCUCUUCGCAUUCACUUUACUGUAUUACUGCAUGAUUUUAUUUUUCAAUAUCUCUCUUGUGCUGCUUAUUUUCUUGGAUGAAAAUCUGCACGAACCUAUGUACAUUUUCCUGAGUAGCUUCUGCAUUAAUGCACUUUAUGGGACCACAGGUUUCUACCCAAAAUUCCUUUCAGAUUUACUAAGGUCUUCUCAAACAAUCUCCUAUGAAGGGUGCCUUUUACAAGCUUUUAUCAUAUAUUCAUUUGUCUGCUGUGAUUUGUCUAUUUUAGCUGUUAUGGCCUUUGACAGGUAUAUGGCUAUAUGUCGACCUCUGCACUACCACUCUUUCAUGACUAAGAGGAGGCUCUCUCAGCUGGUGUGUUUCUCCUGGCUGACACCUUCAUGUAUUUUUGCCAUUAAUGUCCUGCUAACAUCAAGACUGAAGUUAUGUGGUAUAAACAUUCGGAGAGUCUUAUGUGUAAACUGGUUAAUUGUUAAACUUGCUUGUCCUGAAGCUGAAACCUUUACAAACCACAUCGCAGCAUAUGCAACAGUUAUCAUUUAUGUGUCUCAUGGCUUUUUUAUAAUGUGGACUUACACACAUCUCAUUAAAACAUGUGCGAGGUCUAGAGAGGACAGAGAAAAGUUUAUGCAGACCUGCCUGCCCCACCUGACCUCUUUGAUCACAUUUAUAGUUGUGAUUGGUUUUCAGUCGAUAUAUGUGCAAUUUGAGUACACAGGUUUUUCUGAAAGUCUCAAAAAUUUCAUUACAGUUGAAAUUCUCAUCAUUCCACCUUUUAUGAACCCUCUCAUAUAUGGAUUCAAACUCACCAAAAUACAAAACAGAAUCCUGACUUUACUUAAAUCUUACAAGAAACUAACUUACAUCAAGUUUAAGAACAAACACAUUCUCCAGGAGCUCAGGAUUGUGCUCUUGGGACACGACUGGCUGGAGAAGAGUUUGACAGGAAACACUAUCCUCAGCAGACAGAUGUUUGACACCAGCAGAGAUGUGAAGAUGUGUGUUAAGAGACAAACUAUUCUUGAUGAAGGACUUAAAGUGGUUGUGGUCAGUACCCCUGAAAGAUGGAUUCACUAUUCUGUCCAAGACCCCAGCCUGGUAAAUAUGAACACAGCAGCCUGCGUGGCCAUGUGCCCACCGGGACCUCAUGCUUUCCUCAUGGUUAUACCGAUCAGCUCGCACAGAGGUCGGGAAUGGACAGUAGAGGGACCUCUGGAGCAGUUAAAUGACACCCUGUGGAGGAACACGAUAGUAAUAUUCACGAGAUAUGAGCAGCUGAGAGGGAUGUCUGUGGAGAGUUACAUUGCAAAAUACAAGUUUCUGAAAAGCCUUUUGGACAAAUGCAUGUAUAGAUACCACCUUUUAGAUACAAGCACUUGGGGAGAAGAUGAUCCCACUCAGGUUAAAGAACUUUUGGAGAAGAUUGAUGCAGUGGUUGAAGAAAAUAUAAAAGCAGGAGGAGUUGGUUAUGUGACUAGAAAUGACAAACUGUCCAGGAUAACAGAGAGCCAAAGGAAAAAGGUGGAGGAGAGGGCGACUUUAAGGCGAAUGAAUGUGCAUAUGGUUAAAAGAAGCCUCACAUUUCUACUGGGAGAGUUUCCCCCAAUUUCAGCGCUUCGAAUUCUGGUAGUGGGACCGAAGCAGGCUGGGAAAAGCUCAGCUGGAAACAAUCUUCUUGGUGGUGAAGUCUUUGUUGUGGGACAGUCAACAUCACAGGUCACUGAGAGGGAGGGUGGUGCUGGCAAACUGCAAAUAACUGUUGUGGACACUCCAGGAUGGCAUGGACGAUACUGUUCCGAGGACACUCCAAGGGAAGUACAGGAUCUAAUUGCUAGCAGUGCAUCCCCGUGGGCUCCUACUCCUCAUGCUGUCCUGGUGGUUGUACGUGCCGAUGAGACCUUCACUGAAACUGACAGAAUUAGAGCGGAGGAACACUUAAGCUUGUUCGGUCUCUGGGUGUGGAUGCGAAGUAUUGUGUUGUUCACCUGGGGAGACAAACUGGGAGUCACUCCCAUUGAAGAGCACAUUGAAAGAUGGCCAGCUCUGCAGCAGCUUGUGGACAAAUGUGCAAACAGAUAUCAUGUUUUUGAUAACUUAAACAGGGUCGGAGACAUCCAGGUUAGAGCACUACUGGAGAAGAUUGAGGAAACGGUGGUGGAGAACGAUGCCAGAUACUUGGUACAGAGUUUCAUGAAUCUCCAGGAAAACAACAAAAAGCUGGAAAAGAGCUCCAAAAAGACUGUGAGGCAACUGAAGAAGGUUAAAGCAGAGAAUAAUGUCCUGAAAAAGACAGUUGAGGAGAGGGAAAGGACAGUAGAAGAUAUGAUCAAGAUAGCUAAAGAGGAAGAUGGACAGGUUCGGGCUUUGAAGAAAGAGUCUGCGAACCCAGCAAGCAGACAUGAAGCAGGCUUGACUUCAUCAUGGCUCAGAGCCGGAGGUGCAGCCCUCGGAGCAGCAGCUGGAGCCUUUGUGGCCUCAUCCAGGGUGGGCACAGGGAUGAAUGCCAGGUCAGCUGGCUGGGCUGCAGCUGGGGCUCUCCUGGGCAGCUUAUUGGUCCAAUAA